AUGUCUCGGUUCUUUGCCAAACCUGGUGAUUCAUCGUCCGAGGAGGAGACCGAGUCGGAGGAGGAGACUUCCGAAGAGGAAUCGUCUGAGGAUGAGAAACCGCAGCAGCAGCUCAAGAAGUCCUCAUCCUUCACCAAGGACGCUCCCGUCCGCAAAGGACCAAGGAAGGUGGUCUCGCAAAAGGACAAGAGAUACGAUGAAAUGAGGCAGACGGUCAAAGCGCUGCAAAAUGCUAUGAAGAUCAAUGAUUGGAAUGCCAUUGCAAGCGACUUUCAGAAGCUCAACCAACAGAUUUCCAAGGCGUCCAACCUAAUCUCUGAGUCCGGAGUCCCCAAGUUUUACAUCUCCAUCAUCGCCAAGUUGGCACAGGUUGUCGAAGAGACUACCAAGGACAAGGACAAGGUCAAGAAGAUGAGCAAGACGAAUGCGAAGUCUUUGAAUGCCAUGAAGCAGAACAUCAAGAAGAACAAUGCUCAGUAUGAGAAUGAGAUCGCCAAGUUCCUUGAAAACCCCGUGGAAGACGAGGGUGAGGACGAGGACGAAGAGGAAGAUGAGAGUAGCGAGUCCGAGAGCGAGUCCGAGAGCGAAUCUGAGAGCGAAAGUGAAGACGAGAAGCCCAAGAAGAAGAAAGAUGACGACGAUGAGGAGGAGGACGAUGACGACGAUGAAGAUGAGUGGUCGUCCUCGUCGUCAGACGACUCGUCCUCCAGCGAUGAUGCUGGUAGAAGCGGCGCCACCGGCAUCAGCAAGUGGAUGAAGACUGGCGAUGGGUCGGACUCCUCUGACGACGACGGCUUCGAGAAAGUGAAGAAGAAGAAGGAGCCAAAGGUCAGAGAAACCAAGGCAAGGAAGGAGGACGAAGACAAGCCCAAGGACUCUGGCAAGAAAGAGGAGCAGAUGGUCUUGACCGAGGAGAACGUAAAGAAGAAGUUGGAGGAGACUCUGGCCGUCCGUGGAAAGAAGGGAACCUCCAAGAAGGACCAGAUUGCUCAGCUCGAGGUCCUUGCUACUGCCAACAUCUCCCCCAUGAUGACCGCGCAAGUUCUCGUGCACUUGAUCUCCUCCCAGUUCGAUCUCAUCACUGCCCAAUUCCUCCACCAUCAGGCGCAGCAGCGUGACCGAGCUGGGCUGGGCCUCCUCCCGAUCAGCUUCGAGAUCGAGAACCAGAACGGCAGCAAGGUGUCCUCCAGGGACCAGUGCCUGUGGACCAAGACGAUGAGGAACAUCCGCCGCCUCCUCGAGGUGCUCAGUGAGAACCCGGAGCUGAACGAGGAGAACACCGGGCAGUCUGCUGCCACGGUCUCCCGGGCUCAGGUCCCCGACGACAUGUUCGAGGACGACGAGCCUCUGCAGGUGGCGAGCAACUUGGUCUCCUUUGUCGAGCGGCUCGACGACGACCUCUACCUCUCCCUGCGGCUUCUCGACAACCAUGCUCCGGAGUUCCUGAAGCGCCUGCUGGACAUCGCUCCCUUCCUCCAGCUUGCUGAGGAUGUGCAGACGUAUUACCUCAAGAUGGGGAAGAAGGACGUGGCCGCCAGGCUCGCCAUGCGCCGCCUCGAGCAUCUCUACUACAAGCACGACUCGCUCGUGGCCAAGGCUGGAACCAUCGUCCAGCAGCAUGGGGACAGAGUGGAGAACAGAGCGGCCUUCAUCGAGGAGAUGGCGAUGCUGGUGUACCAGUACGGUGACGACACCAUCCGCACCAAGGCGAUGCUCUGUCAGAUCUACUACCACGCGCUGCACGAUCGCUUCUAUCAAGCGCGGGAUAUGAUGCUGAUGAGCCACCUGCAAGACAACAUCCACCAGUCCUACACCAUCCCCACUCAGAUCCUCUUCAACCGCACCAUGGCACAAUUGGGCCUCUCCGCCUUCCGCUGCGGUCUGAUCAUGGACGCGCACAACUGCUUCGACGAGCUCUGCUGCAACAAUCGCCUCAAGGAGCUCCUGGCCCAGGGCAUCUCCUCCCAGCGCUACAACGACAGGAACGAGACGCAGGAGCGGGCGGAGCGAAAGCGCCAGACUCCCUACCACAUGCACAUCAACUUGGAGCUCAUCGAGUGCUGCCACCUCGUCGGCGCUUUCCUGCUCGAGAUCCCCAAGAUGGUGGCCAUGGCCUACGACUCCAAGAGGAAGUGGACCUCCCGUGCUCUCAAGCGAGUCUUCGACAACUCGGACCGCAACCCCCUCUCGGGCCCUCCCGAGACGACCCGUGACGUCAUCAUGGCGGGCGCCCGGGCGCUGGAGAAGGGAGACUGGCGGCAGUGCGAGGCGCACAUCCUGGCGCUGCCUGUCUGGAGCCAGAUUGGGAGCGAGGAGAGCGUGGUGAAGGUGACGGAGAUGCUGAGGAGGAAGAUCAAGGAGGAGGCGCUGCGGACGUUUCUGUUCGCCUACUCGGCAUUCUACGACGCCCUCUCGUUGGAGCAGCUUUGCGACAUGUUCGAGCUCGAGCGUCAGGUCGUCAACACGCUCGUGAGCAAGAUGAUCAUCUCGGAGGAACUCUUCGCAUCCUGGGACCAGCCCACUGGCUCCAUCGUGAUGCACAAAAAGGAGAGGAGCCGCCUGCACCAUAUCGGCUUGCAGUACUCGGACCUCCUCGGCAAGCUCGUAGAAAGCAAUGAGAAGGUGAUGUCCGAUGGGAUGAGAUCCUUUGUGGUUGGGAUCAGCGUUACGGCGGCUACGAGUUCAAGCAGCAGAACAAGGCUGGCGGCGGCUGGCAGCGAGGGCCUAGAGGGGAACGUGGAGGAGGAGACCGAGGGCCUCGGGUAG